AUGGAGAUUGCUUCGUCCAUUGUUGCAAAAGUUGCAGAGCCGAUAGUAGACUACACCGUGGCACCCAUUGCAAGGCAAGUGGGUUAUUUGAUUUUCUACGAAGACAAUUUCAAGAAUCUCAAGGAUCAAGCUGCGGAGCUGAAGAGAGCAAAGGACACUAUUUGCGAUAGAGUGGAAGCAGAAAGAAAAAGUGCACGGCAAAUUUGUGAUGGUGCACAGAACUGGUUGAACAAAGCGGAUAAAAUUAUAGAAGCGGUAGAGAAACUUGGUAAUGAUCCUCGUCAUAAGAAUGCUGGUUGCCGCAGGUGGCCUUUUCCUGAUUUGAAGUCACGACAUCAACUCAGUAGAAAAGCAAAGAAGAUGGUCGGAGACGUUGCUGAAGUAAUGCAGGGAAAAGAUAACAUUGGUCCACUUACAUUCUUGCCUGGUCUAGAGGGAGUAGGCUCCACUUCUGUUACAAACAGCGAAAAGCUUGGCUCAAGAAAGAAAGAGAAAGAGGAAAUUAUAUUGGCCCUAAAAGACCCAAACUUAAGUCGGAUUGGGGUCUAUGGGCUUGGCGGAGUGGGGAAAACCACUCUAGUUGAAGAAAUUGCUAGGCAGGUUAAAGAUCACAAGUUGUUUGAUGAAGUUGUUAUGGUUAAUAUAUCCCAAACUGCAGAACUUGAAAGAAUUCAACGUGAAAUGGCAGAUCUUUUGCGUCUUCGGUUUGAGGAGACGAGCAUACCUGGAAGAGCAUUACGCCUCAGGCAAAGGCUUAAAAAUGAGAAAAGUAUCCUCGUCAUAUUGGACGAUAUUUGGGAUGUACUCAAAUUAGAAAAGCUUGGAAUUCCUUUGAAUGAUCAUAAGGGUUGCAAACUAUUGUUGACUUCUAGAAAUCAAGAAAUAUUACAGAAAAUGGAAACUCAAAAAGAUUUCUUGAUAGAUGUUUUAAAUGAAGAUGAAGCUUGGAGAUUGUUUGAAGAUAUGGUGGGCGAUGUUGUUAAAGAUGUUAGUUUGCAUGAUGUGGCAAUCCAAGUAGCUCAAAAAUGUGCAGGAUUGGUUGUUCUUAUAGUGACAGUGGCAAGAGCAUUAAAAGGUAAAGAUGAUAUUGAUUCUUGGAAAGAUGCCUUAAACCAGCUAAAGACUAUUGAUAAGGAAGGGGUGAAUGAGAAAAUCUAUUCGGCUUUGGAGUUUAGCUACAAUCAUCUUGAAGGUGAUGAUGUGAAGGCACUUUUCUUACUUUGUGGAUUAUUAGGUCCACAAAUUUGUGUCGAUGACUUGUUGACAUAUGGUAUGGGUUUGGGCAUAUUCAAGCAAAUUUAUACUCUAAAUGAUAUAAGACGUCAACUUCAUAGGUUAAUUGGUUCCUUAAAAGGCAUCCUGUCUAUUGCUUGA